UCUAAACAUCAUUGAAACUAAUAUGUCACAGAACUGGGCUGGUAUGCUAAACUGCUACGGCAUAGAAAUUGCUAGGGUGAAUAAUAUUAUUUGAUCCCCACCCAGAGCCAAAGCCAGACAAUAACAGACCCUAAAGAAACCACAGUACCAUAGUCCAAAGAGUGCACGGACUGUAGAAUAGGGUUGGGUAAUGCAAUAAAUUAUUAAUUGUUUAUAUGGUGCCUUUUAUCUCAUGAUGUCAAAGCACUUUACCGUGCUAAGGGGAAACUCACUUAAAGCACCACCAAUGUGUAGAAUUCGCCUGGGUGAAGCAGAGCUGCCAUUUUGCACCAGAAUGCCAAGCAUAAUUCACCUGAAGUCAAGAUGGAAAUUUACUUAGCCAAUUAAGCUGGGGGAGGAUUUAGAUGGCCAGGUUAGCAAUUUUCACAGGACCCUUUAAUGGCCAUAGUGCAUCAAGACCUCAUGUUUGGUGCACCUCCAUUGAAUGUGAAAUGUGCCUGUGUUCAGUUUCCUGGAAUAAGGACACACAUGAUGGCACAGAUCAUGGAUUUGCAUGAGGAAGUGUUGAAGCUGUGAGAUAUCUGUCUCCACAGUGAGCCGGAUAGAGAGUGGUGUAGCAUGGAUAGGGGGAUUUUAAAGAGCGUAAAAGAAAAGUGUGAUCGCAGGAAAUACAGCCUUAUAGGUCAGACAUGUUGAAAGAUGGGAGGGAAAAAUUAAGUGAGGGACAAAGACAGAAACAGACUGUCAGAAAAAGCACAGGAAAGCGUUUAUUUUAAUUAACGGAAUUGAACUUAAGAUCUUACAGGAUGACAUUAGUUUGGCAUUGAGUACUGAACCGUUUCCAAGUUGCUGUUGUUUGUAAGAGCAGCAAGUGGUCUUGUGAUAGAGGGAGUAAGGAAAGUAAAAAGAAGGAAAGAAAAAGGAAAGAUAGACUGAGUGAGGCAGUGAAAGAUGACAGAUAGGGGUCUCAUGGUCUACAGCCACCUGAUUUCCAGUCGGGAUAACGCACUUCUAUUCAAUCUGCUCGGACCAGAGUGCUCGGCCAUGGCAUCAGCAGUGGCUCAGGUGUUAGUGGCAUCCAUGGAGCCAGGGGGCCAUGGGGCCACCUGGAGGUGUGAAGGCACUGGGGUGGUGUGCCUGGUCAACGACCAGUCACUGAAGUCCUACUUUCUACGUCUCUACAGUGUCAAGAGAGCACAGUUGCUAUGGGAACAGGAGCUCUACACCCCCUUCAGAUACUCGGCACCCCGCCCCUUCUUUCACACCUUCCCUGCAGAUGAGUUUCAGGCAGGCCUGAAUUUUGCAGAUGAAGAGGAGGCAGAAAGAUUUCUCUCCGCAGUCGAGACACAGAUCAAAAGCACCCAGCAUAAGGGGAGAAAGUCAUUUGAUGGCUUGCAUGAAAACACUCAAGACUCUCCAAGUUGUUCAGCACAGAUGACCCUCGCCCACAACCUGAAGCCCUCCUCGGGACAGUUCUUCUGCCUCGUGGACCGUGCCAGCAAAAACCCAGAGAAAAGCUUUGAUGUAAAUACCCUUGACCCAGCCCAACAGAAGCUCUUUGCGAAGGCAGAGGUCAGUGAAACCAAUCAGAAGAGCAAACGGGUCUCCAGAAUCCACACCAUGGCCGAGCGCCAGGGCGGACUGGAGACGGUGCAGAAGGAUUCCCAGGUAUCUCAACCUCAGAGGCUUCCCAAAUGCAGACGUGCUUUUUCAAGCCUGGCCCUGAAGAAAGGCCCACUGCCUCCCCUCCCUGCACAGGCUGGGCUGCCUCCUGGGAGGGAACUCCGCUCUGUGACCCAAAAUAUCAGCAAUCUGGACUCCCGCAAGGGGCCCUUCUCAGCCACACCCCUCACCCAUGAUGCAAUUCCCCCUUCGCCUUCAAUGCCCGCACCCAGAAUUCCCCCAGGUCACCCUUCUCCAACCCAAUGGUCAGCUUCAAAUCGAUGAUCUGCCUAAUCUCGCCUGCUAAGUGUACUCAGGUAAUGGGAAGCAAUCCUGAGAUGAUGGGAUGCAUUUGCCCAGAUUCUUUGGGUGACCUAAUUCUAGCUGAAAAUGAAGGGACCCAUGGGGUACAGUGGGGUGGAUGGUAUGACCAAAAACAUACCAUUUUUCCAUGCUUGGGUGGUACAUGAUGCAUAUAGUGCCUCAAUAUGAUUAAUAAAGAGCAAAUCAAGAUAACAUG